UGCCCAGAUUCCCGGAUGGGACCUGCCCCGAUCCGCUCCGCGGGGCCUUCAGGGGUGGUUGGGUGGGCAGGUGAGGGAUCCCGGGGCCUUCCUCGCCUGCUGCCUCCUCUUCCUCCCCGGCGGCGUCGUGGCUCCCGCCAGCCCCGGCGAGCCCUAUCCGGAAGCGGGCGGCGGGGAGGAGUGGUUUCACCACCGGUACCAGCCCGCGGGACACGCACCCGCCCGGGCAACCCUCCCGACGGCGAGGCCGCCGAGGUGCCUGCGGGGCCAGCCUGGGCGAAGGCGUCCCCCACGCACCCCUUCCGCCAAGGGAAGGGAUGCUCAGCUCCUAGCGCCCCGGGCGUGCUGAGGAUGUCGGCCGUCCCCGAGCCCCUGGGCCGCCCGCGGAGCAGCUCCUUCCGCAGCCUGGGCGGGACGCUGGAGGCCACGCUGGGCAUGGGGCCGCUGGAGGCGGAGCGGGAGGAGAUGCGCAUCCUCAAGGUGUGCUUCUACAGCAACAGCUUCAACAUGGGCAAGAACUUCAAGCUGGUCAAGUGCCCGGUGACGACGGAGAUACGGGAGGUGAUCAAGUCCAUCCUGGUGAGCGGCCGCAUCGGGCCCGACAUCAAGCUGGCCGAGUGCUACGGGCUGCGCCUCAAGCACGUCAAGUCGGACGAGAUCCACUGGCUGCACCCCGAGCUGACAGUGGGCGAGGUGCAGGAGAAGUACGAGUGCCUGCACCUGGAGGCUGAGUGGAGGUACGACCUGCAGAUCCGCUACCUGCCCGAGGACUACAUGGAGCGCUUCACAGAGGACAGGACCACGCUGCUCUACUUCUACCAGCAGCUCCGAAGCGAGUACAUGCAGAACUACGCCAGCAAGGUGAGCGAGGGCAUGGCCCUGCAGCUGGGCUGCCUCGAGCUCAGGAGGUUUUACAAGGACAUGCCCCAAAACGCGCUGGACAAGAAGUCCAACUUCGAGUUCCUGGAGAAGGAGGUGGGCCUGGACCUCUUCUUCCCCAGCCAGAUGCAGGAGAACCUGAAGCCCAAGCAGUUCCGCAAGAUGAUCCAGCAGACCUUCCAGCAGUACGCGCUGCUGCGCGAGGAGGAGUGCAUCCUCAAGUUCCUGCACACCCUCGCCACCUUCGCCAACAUCGACCAGGAGAGCUACCGCUGCGAGCUCAUCCAAGGGUGGAACAUCACGGUGGACCUGGUCAUCGGGCCCAAGGGCAUCCGGCAGAUGACGAGCAAGGAAGCCAAGCCCACCUGCCUGGCUGAGUUCAAGCACAUCAAGUCCAUCAGGUGCUCCAGCGUGGAGGAGGGCAGGGCCGUGCUGCAGCUGGGGCUCAGCGGCACCCCCCAGGACCUGGUGUGA